AUGAAGCGGACAAGGUCUCCACGGAUGGUUGAGCAAGAAGGAUCAUCAUCUUCACCAUCAUCUUCAUCAUCGUUUCAGCAUCAAGACGAUCCAAUACAAACGACAGGGCAACAAAUAUGUCUAGCACAAUCACCACAGGCACAAGCACAGCCUCAAACCCGAAGGGUACGAAGAGGGCCUAAUUGGCGAGAUGGUCUAGCAGGAGCCAUUGCGGGUGCUGGAAGCAAGACGGCCAUGGCACCCAUUGAGCGCAUCAAGUUAUUGCUGCAAUUGCAGGGAUCCGCUACCUUACCAAAGCACCGCUUAUCGGCCUGGGAAGCAGCCUCCAAAAUCUAUCAAGAAGAAGGUUUGAUAUCCUUUUGGAGGGGCAAUUUGCCCAAUGUCAUGCGGACGGCGGGACAAGCGGCCUUGAAUUUGGCGCUCAUGGAUUACUACAAAUCCAUUGCGACGUAUUACGCAAACUUUGAUCAAUCUCAUCCUUCCUUUUUGCAGCCCACCAAUGACGAAAUUUAUUGGCAACGGAGGCGCAAAUUGGUCAUUUCCUUUGUGUCGGGAGGUCUUGCAGGAGGAUCUGCUACAACACUGUUGUAUCCGACCGAAUUCUUGCGAACCCGAUUGGCCAUGGAUCUUGGAAGAUCCAAUAAAACGAAUGGCAAUGGUUCUGUUAGCAGUACUAGGCAGUACAAGGGAAUGGGCGAUGUCAUUGCGAAAACAUUGCAGACGGAUGGAAUGCGUGGUCUCUAUCAAGGUUAUGGGAUUGCACUAUGGGGAAGCGUAUUGUACAGACUUUUGUUUUUGGGAGGAUACGAUGCCAUCAAAUAUGAAAUUGAAUAUUACAAACAAGGCCAACAACAGCAGCGUCUGCUGGAAAUGGAGGCAGUAGGGAGCAGAGCUGCCAUGAGUACUAGUGCUGCUACUACUAGUAUGAGCAUGGGGGAACGAUUCAUGCUGGCACAAUCGGUCGCGAUUACAGCCGGUACCAUUUGUUAUCCCAUUGAUAGUGUUCGACGCCGGCUCAUGAUGCAAGCGGGUGUUCCAAAAGCAGAACGAAAGUACAAUAGUUCCCUCCACUGUUUUAAAGUCGUCUUCAAGCAAGAGGGAGUGGGAGGAUUCUAUCUCGGCAUCGGACCCAAUCUUGUACGAUCGAUUGGUGGAGCGCUCAUGCUCGUGGCCUAUGAUGUUAUCAAGAAUAAUAUCUGA